GAAGCUGGGAAAAGCAAGGGAAUAGAUUCUCCCCAGGAGCUGCCAGAAGGACUGCCAGGAGCGGCCCUGUUGGACUCCUAACUUACGGAACCCUAGGAUGACAGCUUUAUGUUGUUGCUUUAAGCCACUAAGGAAGUUUGGGGUAGUUUGUUUACAGAGGCGAUGGAAAACUGAACUAAUCGUUCCUGUGUUACGGUGAAGAUAACGGCUGAGAGGCCACGCGGCAAAUAGCAGAGCUGGGGAAACCCAGGUCCGGUGCAUCCAGCCCCAGAUUUCCACCUGACCCUCUGAACCAGGGGCCGAGAGCCCGCUGCACAGCAGCUUCUCCGACCUGGCAGCCCUUUUAAGGGAGGGGCGGGGCCCGCGGUUGCCUGGAGACAGAGCGGGUCAGGACGCGCUGGGCCCGCAACACCUCGUUUGGACCUGGCGGAGCCCACCCGGUGUGGUGUCCGGAGCCAGCUAAGCACCACGCGUGAGGUCCCAGAGUCCCUGGCCGGUUGUCCUGCAUGAGCUGUGACGGACGGGAGGAACAAGGCCCGCCCUUCCUCUGCCAAGCAGACGAGCCUCCUAGGACCUGAGCAGGUGCAUGAUACCUGAAGCAGGACAUCAAGGAACUUGCUCAAGAGCACACAGGUCAAGGGCAACGAGGGUCCAGCUCUGGGCGCUUAGCCCUGCUGACAUAUUAGGAGUCAGGCUUUUACAGUAGGAACUGCCAGCAGAUAAAACUCAUCAGUGCCUUGAAACAAGCAGAUCUCAAGCUAAGGAAUCAUUUGAUAGAUGUAUAAAGUAAACUAUAGGUCUUCUAAAGGCAAUGGGAAAAGAAAAGAAGAAAGACAAAAAAGGGGAUAAGCCCGUCCGCUCUCCCACAUCUCUCUCUGAUUAUCCAGAGUUUCCCAAACAACAUGGCAGUACUGCUAGACAAGAAGUGUCCGCAAGCCCUGUCCUACCAUUGGAAAUGAUGGUCAAUGAACUGGGAUCCAACAGGGAGUCCAACAAGCAGCAGAACGAAGACCCCACUCAGUAUGAAGAGCCCAUUCUGACCAAACUCAUCGUUGAAAGUUAUGAAGGGGGAAAAGUCCGUGGACUAUAUGAGGGAGAUGGCUUUGCAGUCUUCCAAGGAGGUUGUACCUACCGCGGUAUGUUUUCAGAAGGACUCAUGCAUGGACCAGGGACUUAUAUUUGGGCCGAUGGAUUGAAAUAUGAGGGAGACUUUGUGAAGAACGUCCCCAUGAACCAUGGCAAGUACACGUGGCCGGAUGGCAGCACGUACGAAGGAGAAGUGGUAAACGGCAUGCGGACCGGGUCUGGUGUGUUCAAGUGCAGCUCGCAGCCCGUGUCCUACAUUGGCCACUGGUGCCAUGGCAGGAGACACGGCAAGGGCUCCAUUUAUUACAAUCAAGAGGGUACCUCCUGGUACGAGGGAGACUGGGUUCAGAACAUCAAAAAGGGCUGGGGGGUAAGAUGUUACACAUCAGGAAAUAUAUACGAAGGUCAGUGGGAAAACAAUAUGCGCCAUGGGGAAGGCAGGAUGAGAUGGCUGACAACUAAUGAGGAGUACACUGGUCAAUGGGAGAAGGGCAUCCAGAAUGGCUUUGGAACACACACAUGGUUUCUAAAGAGAAUCCCCAACUCCCAGUAUCCUUUGAGAAAUGAAUACAUAGGAGACUUUGUAAAUGGAUAUCGUCAUGGCCACGGAAAGUUUUACUAUGCCAGUGGAGCCGUAUACGAGGGAGAAUGGGUUUCCAAUAAAAAACAUGGCAUGGGCCGAUUAACUUUCAAGAAUGGGCGUGUCUAUGAUGGCCUGUUUUCCCAUGACCACAUAGUGGAGUUUCCCAACCUGGAAGGUGAAUUGGUAAAUUACCCAGACCUGCCCUCAGAAUGUGCCGUCAGGAGCCAGUACCAGGGACCUUCCACCAGUGCUGAAGUUAUCAGAAAGCUUGAUGGCAGUGAAAGUAAGUCAGUGUUAGGAUCGAGCAUUGAGCUGGAUCUACAUUUGCUGCUGAGUAUGUACCCUGAGAAAGACCAACCAGAGGAAAAGAGGCAGGCAGAAUAUGCUGUCUUAAGGAAUCUUACAGAAUUAAGAAGAAUCUAUAGCUUUUACAGCAGCCUAGGAUGUGAUCAGUCCCUGGAUAACACCUUUCUGAUGACGAAGCUUCACUUCUGGAGGUUUCUGAAAGACUGCAAAUUUCAUCACCAUAAAAUAACCCUUGCUGAUAUGGACAGGAUAUUAAGUGAUAAUCAGGACAUACCAGUGGAAGAAAUUCAUUCUCCAUUUACAACAAUACUUUUGAGAACAUUUCUGAAUUACCUCCUGCAGUUGGCUUACCACAUUCAUCACAAAGAAUACCAAAACAGAAGCCCAUCGCUCUUUUUGUGUUUUACAAAACUGAUGACCGAGAACAUUCAUCCAAAUGCCUGCCGUGUAAAAGGCAAUUUAUUCAACGGGCAACAGGAGACACUCUAUUCCAUGAAUUACAUCGACAAGUGCUGGGAGAUUUAUACGGCUCACUGCAGACCAAACGCAGCUCCUCCCCACGAGCUCACAAUGAAGAUGAGACACUUCCUCUGGAUGUUGAAGGACUUUAAAAUGAUAAAUAAAGAAUUAACAGCAAACAAAUUUGUAGAGAUCAUAGCAGAUGAUAAUCCUUUCAUUCAUGAUGGAAUUGACAGCAACUUUGAACUUGAGCUGGUUUUCAUGGAAUUCUUUGAAGCUCUCUUAAGCUUUGCGUUCAUCUCUGUUACUGACCAAAUGACUAAAUCCUGUUUAAAUUUUCCAAAUGAUGACUCGUCUGGAAACAAACAUGGCAGCAGUUAUACAGUAACAAGUCAGCACAGGAGUCCCAGCACGGCCACGAGCCAGGGGUCUGAUGUGCACAACGGCAGUGCCAAGUCACCUUCAAGCAAGUUAGCACUCUUGUUUGAUUUUAGCAAAGUCAGGAAAUCAGAGCCCAAGAUGAGGACGGCACCGAGUGAUGAAAGACUUUCCAAAGUGAAUUUUAAAUCUCCAGGAAAAGAGCUAACUUUUUUUUUAUCUCUAAACGAGAAAAAAGAAAAAUCCAAGGAGGAAGGGAAGGAAAAGCUCAACAUGUGGGUCAGUCAUAUGUGUAUCUUCUUUGUGAACACAUUUUUCCAAGCACACAAAUGUGAAGAAAUUCUCAAGGAAAAAGUAAAGGAAAAUAGGUUACAUCUUGUAGCGUUGGCCAAACAGAGGAAGAUUGAAAAUGAGGAACUGGAAGCAAGGCUGGAUACCUUGAGAGAGGAAGAGGCCAGAAGACUAGAUGACGAGGUCGACCUUACUGUGAUCAAGGCACCGGUGGAAACAUCCUCCUUGCAGUUCACGCCAAGCUCCACUAAGGAGGAAGCAGUGGUGUUCCAGUCUAAACUCAUCUCCAGCAAGAAAAAGAAAAAGUAGGUUGUUGGGUUUGUACAUGAGCCCCAAGAACAAGUCAAUGUAGGAGGCGUUAGAAGCACUGUAACAAUUUCCUAACCAGUAAAAUCGCUUGUGGGUUACUUCUUGUCUUAGUGUUCUUGAAAUACCACCUCUGUGUUUACGGUUUCUUCUAAGGUUGGAUCACUGAUAUGCCAGCAGCUUGAAGACUGCGCUGAAUGAAAACACCUGUAUGUGGAUAUUCAAUGUGUGCUUUCAAUAUGAUUUUUUAAAAGUCAAAGUAAAGUAUUGGUGAUUAAAUUCAGGAUCUGAUGAAACGGAUUAGAAAUCCAUGGGGAGAGGAUGAAGCUAUUUAAACAUUUCUCUGGGUCCCUCUCCCCCCAAACAGCUCCUUUGUCCUUGUACCUGCCCUGUAGCCAAGUCCUACCUGUCCUUCACCUGCCACCUCUGAUAUGGUUCCUUCCCCGGUCCCAUCCCACCAAGGCCCACUGCCCGGCAGACAACACUGCAUGGACCGAAGGCCAAGAACAGCAAACAGCAGCAGGAGCGCAGUCGGUGGUCUCUUUGACCGUAUUAGAGCUAAUAAUGGUGUGAAAAUUUACCAGGAACCACAAAAGGCAUGAAAAUACAAUCGGUGGCUUCCAAACUAGCAGAAGGACGGGAACUCAUCCAACAUAAGCCUGGGAAAUUGGAAAACAACAAAGAAAAAGGAUGGAAACAGAAAACAAAAGCUGGGGGGGAAAGUGCUAUGAUACUGUAAUCACCAACGUAACAGGUUAAACGCUCCUCUGACCCCCACUCAGUGAUAGAUUGGAUUAAAAAAUCAAAAUUCACUUCAGUGUGAAUCUUUACAAGGGAAACAUUUUCAAGAAAACCAUACAGAAAGGAUGAAAAUAAAGGUAUGAAUAAAGGUAUACCAGGAAAAUCUAAUCAAGAUGACCAGAAUAGCAAGCAAUAUUAAAGGCAGACAAAACAGAUUUUAAUGCAAACAUCUGCAUAAUACAGGUAAAAAUUAAUAAGAGGACCAAUAAGCAGAAAGAUGCAUUAUUCGUGUGCAUCUUACAUAUUAACCUUGCAAAAGCUGACAAGAUGGAAGAAAACUACCAUGUUUCCCCGAAAAUAAGACCAGGUUUUAUAUUAAUUUUUGCUCCAAAAGACACAUUAGGGCUUCUUUCUGUUCAGGGGCUGUCAUCCUGAAAAAUCACGCUAGGGCUUAUUUUUCAGUUAGGUCUUAUUUUCAGGGAAACACGGUAUAAUGAUGGAAGAAACAGAUCAGGAAGACCAACAUUUAGUAAGAAUACAGAAAAUUUAAGGAACUCAAGUAAGUCUGAACCAACAGUUAGAAACCAGAAUACAACAGACAAUAAACACUGGCUACAUUUUAGGUUGAAAAGUGCAACAAUUUCAAAUGACACAUCAGAGACCACGAUCACACUGCAUAGCAAUUACUAAGACAGCACUGAACGCCCACCAUCAAGAACGCUUAAUAUCACUGGAAACUAAAACACACAACUUUACAUAACUCCUGGGUCAAGAGGAAAUCAGAAUGGAAACUGAAUUGUGUAAGACUGGGUGACAACGAAAAUGCUACACGUUGGCGAGAAGUCCUUCCCCGUCUCCUCCCUACCUCAGCAGCUCACGCAGGCCAAGGGAAGGGGAACUGUGGUGCCCGUGAGGGCCAGGUGGUACCAGUGCUUCCAGACCAUGCCUGCCUAGUUUGCACCCAAACUCUGCUGUCCUAACCUAACUAAAAGUUAGGUUAAGUUACAUAAAAUUCAGCCAGGCCCCGCCUCAGCUGUGUACCUGCAUGGGAGUUCUACACAACAAACAGAGAACACUUUACGUUUAGACCACACUGGGCACUUCCAUUAAGUUCUCUGUGUUAUUAUACGUGGUCUAAACAUCAUGUUAGUACUCAAGAGAAAAACCGAGUCUAGCAAUUAAUAACUUUGUGCAAAUGCCUUAGCUCACCACUUCAGGUCUAGUGACGAAGGAAGGGACCCC